ACAACGCUUGAAAGUUGCAGUCGAGGAAAGCUUGAAUCAUGGCGCCUCCUCGCCUGCUGGCGCUCCUCACGUUUGCUGUGCUGGUGCUCAGCAGCAAGGCCACCUCGCGGAAAGACAACGAACAACACGGGAGGGUGAAGAGGAGCAAAUUCAUCGGGCCAGAACGAUUCCAUUGGCCGAACGGUAAGGUGAUAUGGAGAUACGACCCGAGGUACAACCACAAAGACAAGAGGGAUCAGCUUGAGCGAGCCAUGUCUGUUAUCGAGAGGUACACGUGCGCCACCUUCGAGGAGCUCAAGACAAACAGUAUACGGCUACCCUACUACCUGAAGGUCGUCAACGGUCCUGGCUGUUACACGACGCUUGGCUACCAGAAGAUAUACUAUGGCAGGAGGUAUGGCCGGCAGGACCUGUCGUUGUCAGCCGGCUGUUACCAUGGGCACGACAUCCGCACCAUCCUUCACGAGCUGGCGCACGUCCUGGGUCUGUUCCACGAACAGAGCCGCCCAGACAGAGAUGACAACGUCUACGUCUUCAACGAUAACAUCCGCUACAGCGAGCUGGCCCAGUACAAGAAGUACCCCUGGUCCGUCACGGGAAAGACAAAGCUGCCCUACAACUAUGCCACCGCCAUGCACUAUGGAUCCCGGUUCUUCACUAAAAGGGGGAUGCUGACCAUGCAAACGAAAGACUGGCGCGAUCAGUUUAUAAUAGGAUUCGCGGCGCCCGGCCUGGGAGAAGCCGAUUACCAGGCCAUCAACACCAUGUACAAAUGUGACAAGAACUGCAACGCAGGACCCAAAGAGUGCCUAAACGAGGGACAGCGCGUGCACAGGCCAAUGACGAGCGCGUGCGAAUGCCGGUGCCCAGAGGGGCUGGCUGGAGAUCAGUGCGAGGCCGUCUCAGACGACACCGCGGUCUGCGGGGGUGUCUUGGAGACAGGAGAGGAAGGCGGGAUCAUCACAACACCGGGUUUUCCCAGCCCGUACAAGAAUGGCCAGCGCUGCACCUGGCUCAUCAAGACCAAGAAUCCCAGCGAUCGCAUCACGCUGAACAUCACGGAGUUCGACUUAACCCCAUCUCAAGGUGACUGCUACGAGAAAGGGGAGGACACCCUAGAGAUCCGGCGCUGGGGUCUGAUCAACUUCGGCAGCACCUACUGUGCCAAGAACACCGGCGAGGUUCCUCCCAUUCAGACCUCCCUCCUAGACAAAGUCCUCAUCCGCUUCAGCGGCAACAAGGCUGACGGAGACCACAAGGGAAUCCGCAUCGAGUACACCAUCAACAAGAAAAACGACGACAGGGAGGUGUUGGACAAUUUCAUCGAGGUGCCCUUCCGGAAGCUCGUCACCACCGAGAAGAAGUCCAUCCCGCACAUCAGCCCAGCAGACUGCGGGAGAACGUGUCUCUCCGCCGCCGACUGCAACUCAUUCGUGCACGGAGACCCGCACAACUCCACCUGUUACCUCUCACUGAAGAUGGUGGACCACACCAACGCCAGGCUGUUCAACGACCUCGCUGCCAACUACUUCUACAAGAAGCCCGCGGGAUACGACUAUUCUCCCCUGGACUGGUUCGGCAAGAAGGCCGGCAUACAGAUCCGUGGGGCUUGCGCAAAACCUCUGAGUAAGAUGUCGCUGGAAUCUUGUGCCACUGCUUGCCUCUACUCGCCGAAGUUCGAAUGCAAGGCCUUUGUUUACGGCGGCGAUACCUGCGCUCUCUGCUACAAGGACACCAUGAUGGUUCAGCUGGUAACAAACCCAAGAGUCGACACGUACGAGCGCAACGAGUACCUGGAGGUUCCUCAAGCAGAGGGCGCGGCCCAGGGUCCAGCACUCACACCGCGGCCACGCAAGGACUGUUACUACAAGGAAGACAACGGCGUAAGCUACGUGGGGACGUCCAGGCGGACGGUCAGAGGGAUGAUAUGCCAGUCGUGGUUCUAUACCAAGGGAUACGGGCCUGGGAGCAAGUACAUGAAGGAGAACCCCACGAAAUGGCGGAAAGACAAGUACUACUGUCGCAACCCCGGUGAUGACCCAGAAAAGACCCGUCCUUGGUGUUACAUCGACACUCCCUGCUACGGCGUAUGGCCGCUGUCGCGCUGCAAGGAAGCGGCAAACUGGAGCUAUUGUAGGCUACCCGUCUGCACCGACUGAUGAUCUCAAGUAACUUUCAGAAUGAACAGUACCAUGCCAAGCAGCCAAAGUAAACAAAAAAAUAUACGUCUUUCUCCUGAUUAGUUCUGUAGAUCGCAUACAGUGAUGCCACCUUCAGUGACAUGGCUUAACCAGACCUUUACAUGUAGCAUAUGUGAUUUUCCGACAUCCAUUCUAUCAUUUCAAUCUAGCAACUACGUGUACAUGUACUAUCCAUUCAUUCUGAUCGAAGAAAAAGGUCAGUCAGCAUCAUAACCUUUUUUGUAUUAGUCAUUAUUUCAGUGCUUGACUUACAUAGUUAUGUUCUACACACAACACAGUGCGUCAAUACGAUUCCAUAAAAUGAAAAUAAUAUGUUGCAUUAAUCAAACAGACUGGAAUCAUAUCUAGUAAAAGACUUACCUGUAAUCAACUGCUCCUGCGAACAAGAAAAGAUGUAUAGGGAUGAAAAAGAGAUAGGAAAACGACAUCAGUAUAUUUUACGUUCAAUCCUUCAUACAGGUACCAGUGUCA